AUGUACGGCCGAGGUGGUCAACAGCAGUAUCGCGGCGGUCUCUCGUCGUGGGACAUGCAACCACAGUCCGGUUACGCGUCCUCCCCCUCUCAACAGCAGCAGCAACAGCAGCAGCAGCAGCAGCAGCAGCAAGCCAACUACUUUGGCAGCAACAUCGUGUCUUCUGGCUCUCGAGAUGAUGUCGGCGGCUACGGAGGCUACGCGUCUGGAGGCAGCAGCUCGCAUUUCCCCUCCAACUAUCAGCAGCAGCAAAGCGGCACGCCCGCUUCCUCCUCAUCUGCAGGUAGGGGUGCCAACACCUUUGCUAGCUUCUCGGAAGCUUUCCAAGGCGGAUACAAUGGCAAUCAGCUCAUGCCCCAGCAGCAACAGCAAGCUCAGCAGGCUCAACAGCAACAACAGCCGGCGUCGCAGCAACAGCGACCUCCACCUACCGCCUCGUAUCAGAGCGAGCACAGUUACUACCAGCCUUCCGAGUCGUACGGUGCUGCCAACCGUGAUCGUUCCGCUCAGUCAUUAGGCUAUUCCAGCGAUGGUUUGGCCGGUCAGACUGCCAAUGCUGCCGGUGCUAGGGAUUCGCGUUUCGACAACGGCUACUCUUCCAGUAGUCAGCAGCAAGACUGGAGCAACUAUCCCACCUCUUCUGCUGCUGCUGCUGUUGCUGCUCCUUCACGCGAUGGUAGUGCUGCUUCUCGCUCGCAAUCCGGUGCAACAGCUGCGGCUCAAACCGCUCCAUCCGCUUCACCCUCCGUAGCACCUGCCGCGACAGCAGCAGCGAACACGCCUAAGAAGCGCGGGCGUAAGCCGAAGAACGCCACUGCAGCAUCCGCACCAGCACCCGCCAACGCCAACGCCAACGCCAACGCCAACGCCAACGCCAACGUCAAAGCAGGCUAUCCAGUGCAACAGCAAGCCAACUUCAUAGAUCCAUCCGCUACCAUGAUCAAAGCUGGCGCUGGUCCCAACGGUGCUCCACCCAAAGGCAAGAAAGCCACUGCCGCUGCUGCACAGGCCGCCGCCGCCCAACUACCUCCCUCUCCUGCAGUCACCGGUAUCCGACCAAAAGGCAAACGCGGACGUAAAUCCAAAGCCGAACUCGCCGCAGAAGCCGCCGCCGCUGCCGCUGCUCCUCCUCCCGCACCCGUCUCUGCAUCAGAUACAUCCAUGAACCCUCCCCCCGCUAAACGCAAACGUCGAACCAAACUCGAAAUGCAAGCUGCUCGAGCAGCAGAAGCCGAAGCAGCAGCACAACAAGCAGCCCUCCAAGCCGCAGGUCAAGCUCCAAUUCCCACCAAAGACCCCAGAGGGAGAAAACCUGGUUCGAAAGGUAGCUUUACUUUGGCAUGGAAUAAGCAGAUGGUUUCCAAGGUUCAAGGUCUGAGAGUCUUUGGGAGUAUGAUCGAGGAUGACGCGACACAGCAAGAAUUUGAUAAGAGUAUAAUGGAUUUGUUGAGUAUGUUGGAUGGCAAGUUGCCUGAGGAUAAGGCUCACGCUGGGGGUGCGGGUGAGUCCGCAUGA